AGUUGCUCAGCAGCCUUUCUCCGCUUCCUGUUUCCGGUUUCUGGAGCGGGUCGCAGCGCGGCGCCUUGGGGAUCGCUGGCCUCAGACAAGAGCCGAGGACCGGAGUCUACGGCCCGCUGCUCUCCGGCUGCGUCUCCCAACCCCAGGGCCACGUUCUGGGGGGCUUCUGAGCUUCGGCUGCUGUGUUUUCCGUGACACGAUGUUCCCCUUCUCUGGCUGCUGGAGGACUGAAUUGUUACUGUUGAUAGUCCUGGUUUUGGCUGUGAGAGAAUCCUGGCAGACAGAAGAAAAAUCCUGUGACCUGGUAGGAGAGAAGGAUAAGGAGUCAAAACAAGAGGCUGCUCUCCUGGACAGGCUACGGCCACUCUUUAACAAAAGUUUUGAGAGCACUGUGGGCCAGGGCUCAGACACGUACAGCUACAUAUUCAGAGUAUGCCGGGAAGCUGGCAACCACUCCUCUGGGGCAGGCCUGGUGCAGAUCAGCAAAAAUAAUGGGAAGGAGACAGUGGUUGGGAGAAUCAACGAGACUCACCUCUUCAACGGAAGUAAUUGGAUCAUGCUGAUAUACAAAGGGGGUGAUGAAUAUGACAACCACUGUGGCAAAGAGCAGCGUCGAGCAGUGGUGAUGAUCUCCUGCAAUCGACACACACUAGCGGGCAAUUUUAACCCAGUGUCUGAGGAACGAAACAAAGUCCAAGACUGUUUGUACCUCUUUGAGAUGGACAGCAGUGUAGCCUGUUCACCUGAAGCCUCCCACCUCAGUGUGGGCUCUAUCUUACUGGUCAUAUUUGCAUCACUGGUUGCUGUCUACAUCAUUGGGGGUUUCUUGUACCAGCGACUGGUGGUGGGAGCCAAGGGAAUGGAGCAGUUUCCCCAUUUGGCCUUCUGGCAGGAUCUUGGCAACCUAGUAGCUGAUGGCUGUGACUUUGUGUGCCGUUCCAAACCCCGCAACAUGCCUGCUGCCUAUCGUGGAGUUGGGGAUGACCAGCUGGGAGAAGAGUCAGAAGAAAGAGAUGAUCAUUUGCUACCCAUGUGAUUGUACUUUAAUGUCCAGCCACCUCGUCAGUCCCCAAACCAAAGCAUACACAGCCAGACUUCUCAAGCCGUCUCUUCUCCUCUCUUGCCUUGCCAUUAAUAUUCCUGCUUUCCA